GUAAACAGAGGGGGCGAAGAUGGCGUCGAGCAAGAAGAGCGGUGGGAGUAGCAGACUGGAGAAAGGUGUGAAUGGAAGACGCUCGUCCAAACACAAAGAGGGUCCAGUGGCUGACAAUGACAGGAACCGCCUGAACAGAGAGGAGACUGACAAGGACAGAGCCUUGAACACAGACUCCGUGAUGGACACCAAGGCAGUGUUUGCUGCCCUGUACAGCGUGUGCGAAGAAAAUGCCACUUUCUUCUCGGGAGGAGCCAAGGGGUCGCAGGGCGAUGCGGCGCGGCGGCUGGUGGAGACCAUGAAGCUGAUCCAGGAGCACGCCCACAGCCUGGAGCCGGUUAUCUCCGGCUUCGCUGCCGUUUACCAUCAUUUUGACUUCGACCCGCACAUACCUGCUAAUGGCUAUCGCUCGCUGGUCAAGGUUGUGCGUUGCUGCCUUCUCCACAUCAUUCACAAGGGCCGCUACAUCACGGCCAACCGCCGCAGCAUCUUCUUCAGGGUGGCGCACAACGCGGCCGAGAUGGAGGCGUACUGCAAUGCUCUGUGCCAGCUGCGCGCCCUGCUCUACCUUGCUCAGCGCAUGCUCCACGACAACAGCCACGGCAACCUCUUUUUCCAGGAUGAGAGCGGCCUCAGUGAGAGUUUCGUCCGCGAAUACGCGUCCAUGCACAAGGGCUGCUUCUACGGCCGCUGCCUGGGCUUUCAGUUCACUCCAGCCAUUCGACCCUCUCUUCAAACCAUCGCUAUCGGCCUCGUGGCCUUUGGAGAAAACUACAAGCGCCAUCAGUCAGGAAUAGGUGUAGCAGCCAGCUCUUUAUUUACCUCAGGAAAGUAUGCCAUCGACCCAGAGUUGAGAGGGGCAGAGUUUGAACGCAUUACCCAAAACCUGGAUGUACAUUUCUGGAAGACCUUCUGGAACAUUACUGAGACCGAGGUGCUAUCAAGUCUGGCUAGUAUGACAUCCACUCAAGUUAAGGUGAACCGAGCUCUUUCUGUGCCCCCCGUGCCCUUCGACCUUCCCCUGGCGGCUAACCACGGAGCAUCUGUUACUAUAGCUCCACCAUCUGCACACAUCGGCCCUGCUCCUGUUCAGAUGAGACUCAUCUCUUAUGACUUGCGUGAAGGACAGGACAGUGAAACGCUGCUCUCUCUCUGCCGCCCUGAGGGGGGUUCUAUAUCUCUGUCUCUUGGGAUGAAAGCCAAGCGUCUCCCUUCUUCUCCAUGCCUCCUGGUUCACUUCCAUGGGGGAGGCUUUGUGGCCCAGACCUCCAAGUCUCACGAGCCCUAUUUGAAGAGCUGGUCCCAGGACCUCGGUGUCCCCAUCCUGUCGGUGGACUACUCUCUGGCCCCUGAAGCUCCCUUCCCGAGAGCCUUGGAGGAGUGCUUCUACGCCUACUGCUGGGCUCUGAGAAACCACCACCUACUAGGAUGGACUGGAGAGAAAGUGUGUUUGGCCGGCGACAGUGCAGGAGGCAACUUAUGUGUGACGACAUCGAUGCGCGCUGCUGCGUUCGGUGUGCGAAUGCCAGAUGGCCUUGUGGCAGCCUAUCCAGCUACCCUGCUGACGGCCUACGCAUCGCCCUCCCGUCUGCUAACGCUUAUGGAUCCCCUGCUGCCGCUCAGCGUGCUCUCCAGGUGUCUCGCCGCCUACGCAGGCUGUGAGCCGCAGGCCGAGAAGCAGGUGGAGAAGGCGAGCACUCUGAGCCUGGUGAGGAGAGACACUGCGCUGAUGCUGCGAGAUUUCCGGCAGGGAGCCUCCAACUGGAUCCAGUCCCUGCUGGACCCCAACAGAGCCUCCGCCUCCCCCAGCACAGCUGCAGAGGCCUCACCAGGAGCCACCGAUUCGGUGCGGAAGAGCAUUUCAGAGGCCUCCAUCUCUUCUCCUCAUGCUGACCCUCCUGUACCUUCAGAGCCUUCAGAGCUCCCCAGCAGGAAAUUAUCUGUGAAGAGCAAGACAUGCCAGGACUUAGGAUCCCACAACAAUUCCAUUCCUGACAGUCCAACGCUGCUCUCAGAACGCACUCCAGAAGAUGUGAGUUUUUUUCUUUCCAAGGAUGGAGAGCCCUCCAUGACUGGUGACCUGUUUUCAGUGGCCAUACCGCCCCCUGUUGAAGAGGAGGGAUCAGAGCUGGGGCACGCACGGGAGUUUCCCGUGGGUUUUGAGCCACUGCGCUCAGAGCAAUUGGCUGAGAUGACAUUGCAGACGUCUCCAGUGGUCAAGGAUCCUUUCUGCUCACCUCUGCUGGCCCCCGACAGCAUGCUGAAAGGGCUGCCACCUGUACACCUAGUGGCUUGUGCGUUAGACCCCAUGCUGGAUGACUCUGUGAUGUUUGCCAAGCGUCUGAGGAACGUGGACCAGCCCGUCACUCUGUGCGUGGUGGACGACCUCCCGCAUGGCUUCCUCAGCCUAUCGCAGCUCUCCAAGGAGACGAGGGAGGCUGCCAAUGUCUGCUGCGAGAGAAUUCGCGCCGUCUUCACCGAGAAGGACACGCCUCCCGAGCCGCGCAAGCACCGCAAGCUGGAACGGACGGAUAGGGGGUUGUCCGCUUCUGGGGAAACCGGCCCACUCCUUGUUGGCCCCAAUGAGGGAGAAGAACUAGCAGUUGGGAAAGGGGCUAAAAUUGCUGAUGGGGAGAGCCCAGUUGCUGUGGCAGCCCAGAAUAACACUGACGCUGGCGGCAUUGGGGCUUAAACAAGGUUAGAUGAAGAAGUGGACUGUAGUUUACCCAGAGAGGGAGAGAGAAAGAGCAAAUGAAAGUUGGACAAAUUUAGGCAGUGCAAUGCCUAAUGGAAGAUGAAGAAGGCAUCCUCACAAACGUGAGGAGGUGUCAGUCGAGGAAAUUGCCCAGCGUGCAAAGAAAAAAAUAGAAAUAUUAUAACUUCCCCUGCUUUAAAAUCCUUGCCACUUGUCGGUGCACCGUUAUGCACCAACGCAAAUCUGGCAGACAAAAUAAACACACCCACAACAGAAAGAAGCCGCGGCUUAGAAUAAAAUGAAAAUAAAGCAGCUACUUAGAUCAGAGACCAGCACUCACCCACAUAUGCAUCACACAUAUUUAACAGACUUCCCGUUAGGCACCAGCGGCUCAGACAUAAUGCAACGCAGAGCGUUCUUGAGACGAGGCUGAAUGGGUGAUUCAUCUGGGCCAUGGCCGUCAUCUGAGGCCCUAAUCAGAUAGUGGUAGAAACACUAUAAGCUUCUGUGCAGAUUUAUCCCCAUCAAAAUGACCACUUAUCCUUUAGGGAGCCACUCUAAAUCACACUAAAUAACUCCACAUUGUGUUCUUCAUUACGCCAGUUUGGUAGUCAAUACAGGUCACUCUGUGGAUAGUAACUACGUUGACUCCCUCUUCAAACGGAAUUACUACACUAAAACACAACAGGGCGAAAGACUCAAAACUGGAUUAAGUGAUUUACUUGUGCGUUGACAUACUGUUGGUGUUCUUAAUUAUAGUGUUAAUCCAAUGGAGGAGUAGUAGUUUAGUUAUUUAUGUUAUUUUUUUUAGUUCUUUUUGUCAGUUUUUAUUGCUGUUAUAAUCCUUAAGUCAAGGCAGACUUGUAUGUUGAUUUGUACUAUAUAUUUUUUAAUGUAAUCUAAUUCCACAUUUUGAAAUGUGCUCCAUAUUUACCUCUGCUUCUUCAGCUAGAGCUGCUCCGACAAACCUGGCCUUUUCCAAUUAAGCUCGUAUCCUCCUCUCCGGACACCGCGCCCUGAGUGGAUGUUGCCUUGUGCUUUUUGUAGUGCUGAUAUUACUAAUGCAAACAGUGCGUUUUAACGACUGCUGCAAUUACGUUUGCGGAGAGGUUUUCAUUUGGAGACACGUACCAGAAAAUAUGGGCCCCGUCUUUGUAAGCCUGUCAAGAAUAAUCAUAGGUCUUAGACGUGUAAAGAGGCUAAAUGUUUUUAUUAUUUAUAUAAGAUUUCUGUUGUGCAGCGUUCUCCUUCUGCACGAACAGAGAAGACAGAAGGAAGCAGUGAAAAGCCCAUCUAUCAAUACACAUUUUAAACUUCACUGCACUGACUUCCUCUCAGGUUGUCCUGGUUUCCUCACCAGGUGCUCUCAUUCACUACUUUCCCUUCACAGUGUGCACUCUGUCACACAACCAUUUGUCUCCAGCUACGGCAAUUUGGUCCCAACAACCUGCUUUUUACAAAUCACGUCAAAAAUCCAAGAUGUUAAACAAUAAGGCCGAUUGUAAAAGACCAGACGUGGUCCAGAUAUUUUCGCUCCUUCCUGUCAUAUUCGGGGUUGACUUUGUUUUCAAUAACCUGAGGACACUCCUCUGAGCACGUUGCCAUCAAAGCACUUUGAAGUACACAAAAAUGCCCUUCGGAGGUUCGGUCCCUCUAUCAGGUCCGACUAAAUAUAGAUGCCCACAAUGCUGGCACUGUCCUGCCCUUGCCUGGUAACAGGGCUGGGGUUGCCAGGUCUGUAGAGAGGGAUGCUGUGUGAUGAAUAGGAUUUAGCUGAUGCUCCGAGUGCAAAAUCCUCCCUCUGUGGAAGAGCAGGAUUUUCAGCAGUAAAGUCAUGCUACAGGAUUAGACCAUACUCAGUUCUGUCAGCUCGAAGUACUUACUGCAAUAUUUUUUAGUCAGAUUGAUGGAGAGAACCGGGACUGUGAAGAUAAGGAAAUGUAUACAGUCUGUCGGAGAUGUCGGGCUUAAGUCUGUGCUUGCUUAACUGGCCGACGUUUACGCUCACUGUGCACUUUUGCAGAAUGUGGUUUGUUGAUCAGCGCAAGUUUAUUUUGAAGCUUAAGCUUGUACAUAUACAUGUCAACGUUGUUGGUUCUGUGCUCCGCGCCUCAAGUGGAGUCCACUAUGCACAUUCACGGAGAUAGACGCCAGCUCAGUCCGUGUGUGACACGGUCGCAUAAAGUUUGGUGUGGCACUUUACAGUCAAGACACUUCACAGUAUUAAUCAUCUGUUGUUGAUUGCAAUCUCUAAAAGUUUAGUCAGUCCUCAGUGGGACAACGAUUUCUUAACUGCGUUGUAGUGUACUGUAUAUCAGCUUCAUCUGAACACCCCUGCAUCUGCAGAGUUAUUGUAUAUUUAGAUGUUAAAAAAAAAAAAAAAAGCAAAAAACAAACUUGUGUCAAAUUGAAUCACUUCCUGUGUUGGCCUUCAUAUGCCUCUUACCCUUGAUGACCUGUCAUGCAUUAGGCUGACCUCAAUGCAGAUGAUUUGACCAGAGAGUCCAUCUGGUGUUUUGCUGGAUCUUCUUCAUAAUUGUACUUUAGUUUUCCUGUUCCUGACACUUGUGUAGAUUUGUUUGUUGCUUAUGCUGCCUACUGAAGUAUUUAUUUCAGUAUUGUUUUAAUUACCACUGCUGCUUCUGCGUUGUUUGUGAACAACUUUAUAACCACAUUAUUCACCACUGAGUGUAGAAAUAUUCAUUGUACUUCCAGUAGAAUACUUUUUUUUUUUUUUUUGAUGUUCAGUUGUGCAGGAUACCUCAGCGGUUUCACUCUUUGAAAGCUGUUUUCACUUGAGAUUUCUUUUGCCCCAGGCUGAUUUCUGCAAAGUGCGACGCAACGUGCAAUACUGUUACUUAUAAGAGCUGCUUUAGCCAUGAGGGCAACAUUUACUGCAAAGUUCUGUGGUUACACUGCUGCUGCAUCACAUCGUUUUUCUUUUCACUCUCUUGCUUCCUCAGUCAGAAAAUGCGGUGAUGCUGUUUAUUGUUGUGCACUGUACUAGAAUCACCUCAAGCUUGGACUUCACAGAUAAUAUACCCAGCAUACGGCAACACUCCAUUUGAAGCAGAUUUCAGAUUCCUUGCUUCUUCUACAGAUGCACCAAUGCAUGAAACUGACCUCACACACUUCUCAGAAAUGUUUCCUUGUGUUAAAUGUUCAGAGAUAUAUGCUCCAGGCUUUAAGCCAAACCAAAGACUGCAGCCAGAGUCUUGUAACAGUGUACUGUUCUUGCUGUUAAAUAUCCACUGUUAACUGUUCAUCAUUGAAAAUGCAGGUGCUGGUCAGUGUCACAGCCUGUCUGUUCUCCAUAUGCAAACUGCACUGCAUCAGUACUGAUGUAGAAUAUGAUUAGCCUUUAAAAAAGAGAAAAAGAAAAAAAAAAGCCAUAGACUGGAAAAAUCUGUUUUAAGUUUACUUUUUUUUUGUUGUUGUUGAAACACCACAAGUGCAAACAUGUAAAUAGAAAAAGAAUGUAUAUGAAGCAUUAUUAUUAUCCACAGAGAUAGUUUUACUUUCAGAUCUGCUAAUCAGAUUGAAUGCAAAUGUUUGACUGCAUUUUCUAUGCAGGCUCCGUACUAGAGCGAUGUAUCAAAAGUGCUAGGAGUAGGCUAGUUUCUUCCUUUGUUGAUUUGUGUUGAUUUUUAUUCAAAUAAAUAUAUUCUCCAAUGAAA